AUGUUCGAGUUUUUUCGUUCGCGUGUCUCUCCCUCUUCUUCCCCUUCUUCGGCCCUGUCGACGCGCCCGUCGACUGCGGCUGUUCCUGCAGAUCCAGGAGGCGAAAAGGAUUCGUCUCAAGGGACGCGCAUCCCCCAGUCUCUGUCCUCUCCUCCUCCUCCGUACCCACUGUCUGCUUCCGCCUUUGCCACUUCCGCUUUAGCGUCCGAAGUCUGUUCGUCGUCUUCCGGCCCCUCCUCCGCAUCGUUCGGCCUCCCGACUGCGCCGUCGGCGCCGCCGCUCGCUCUGCCGGCGCCUUCUCUCGCCACGCCCCCUCCGUUGCCAACUGCGGCCACUGACCCUCCUUUCUCUCCCUCGCUCCUGCCUUCCGCUGCUUCUCCGCUGUCGGCCUGCGAUGAGCAGCUCCUCCUUCAUCUUCACUGGAAAAAUCAGCAGCUCGUCCGCCAGGAGGUCGAACAGCGCAGAGCGUCGCGUCGCCUGCUCCCGCGCUACGCGCCCAGAGGCCAGAGCGCUCCACAGCCGGAUCUGGGCCCUUCGUCGCCUGCCGGCGCCUCUCCCGGUCUGCCUUUCUCUUGGUCCCUCCAGUCUUCCGAAUCCGUGUCCUUCGGUGGCUCGUCCGCAUCGUCGUCCGUGCCCUCUCCCGCGCGCCACGUUCAUGCAGGCGACGGGAGAAGCCUCCAGAAGGCGGAAGGCGCGCCGCUGCGCUCGCAGUCCGUAGACGGGCUUCCUGCGGACAGCCUACCGAGCACGCAGGCCCGUGUCGGGGCGCGAGACGAACACGGUGUAUCCUGGCGAACUGAGCAGGCUCUCCCUGCUGUCGGUCUAGCAAGUUCGACGUCGCGACUUCCUUCAGUGUCAGACUGGCCGUCGCUGCCGCGGCUGUCGCGGUCAGAAGGCCACUGGAGAAGCGUAUCAUCCCCGGCAGAAGUUUCAGCUGCCUCGAAGCCUCCCGUACCCCCCGGAAGGCCCUCGUGUCGCUGGGUGUCGUCGUCGGCGCGUUCUGCUUCUGCAGAUCUUGCGGCCUCGGCUGCGCUCGCUUCGUCGAGUUCCUCUGUCUCAGGCAGCCGCUCGCGCGUGGUGUACGUACACCCGAACGUGCCGGGUGCGAGCCCGGACGUCUACGUGGUGGCGGCGGGGCAGCCCCGGCCGAACGUGCAGAGAUCGAGCUCGUCUGAGGUCGUCGUUCCUUCUCAGAGCGUAGUAGUGAGAGCGUGUGGGGGACCGCCUCCUCCUGCGAAUUUUCCUCCUACUUCUUUUUCUCUCUCUUAUUCCCAGAAGGACUCGGCCCCCCGCAGCGGUCUGUCGCAUCCCUCGCCGCGUCAAACGGCGAACCAGAGUCAGCCGGCUCCGCCUUCUGCGGGACGCCCCUCGCCCGGCUGUUCGCCUCAAUCUCCUUCUCAGGCCUCUCCGUCUUGUGGGCCUGCUGCCGGCGCGUACCCUGCGCCUCCCACGAUCUCUUCACACUCCGGCUCUUCGCUGUCUGCCGCCGUUUCGACCCCUGACCGUCGACAGUUGCCGGCCUGCGGUCUCCUGACGCCGGUCUCUCCCUCUUUUGCUCCCGCUCAUUCACUUCAAGGCCCCGCGCGGGCGACUCUCCCGCUGAACGCCGACACGGAAGGCGCGAGAGCUCGCGCGCACGAGGGCAGCUGGUCUGACGGCGCCAAGCCGCUGUCUGUUUCGGCGGAGUUUGCGCCUUCGCCUGUGCGCGGCUUCGCCUUCGUCGGCCCUCCGUGGCCGCGGCGCCCGCAGCAGCUAUGGGGCCCUGCGUCAUCCUCGCCGCCUCCGCAUCGGCCUGACGGGACGCUCGUUCAUCCUUCGCUCUCUUCUUCUGCCUCGCCGUUCGCGCUUUCGCCUGAGUCGCUCCGUCUCCACGCCCCGGUGGACGUACAGUCGGCGCCUUUCGACGGCGCUGACGACGCUGCCCCCGGCCUGCUUUUAAGCGAUCUGCAGCUCGCGAGACCGGCGUCUCCGCGUCCUGCGUCGCCCGUUUCUUCUUGGCAGAUUUCCUCUGCUGCGUCGCGGCUGCCGCCGGUCCAGGUUUCGUCCUCUUCCUGUGGCACCCCUCAGCGCUGCGAGCAAGCCGAAAGUCCGGAAGGCGACCAGAUCACAGGGGCAGUUUUCUGUCCUGCUUACUUGGGCGUAGACACUCCUAGGGGACAACGCGAGCAGCGCGGCGUCCUCGCAGGCAGCAUCGGAGAAGGCGAGGCUGGUCGACUGGUGACGGAAGGGCGAGGCGAGCACCCUGGGUCGCGAAGUGAGGCAAGGCUAAGUCUGCGCGUGGCUAGGAGGCCCGAAGCUGCAGUCCCCCCCAGCUCGCAGAGAUCUCGCUCGGCCCUGGAAGCCUCGCUCUCCGCCUCCUCUUCAACCCUUGCUGCGUCGGCCGCUGCCUCGGCUUCUCCUUCUGUGCCGUCUGCUGUGCGGUCGCUGUCUUCUGCUUCAACUCGCGCGCCGAGAGGCGAGAAUCAGACAGGCGCGCCGGCCGCCGCCAGGGAGCUGUCGGCUGCGGGAUCUGCUCAGAGUGGAGCUCCCUCGGCGCCCGCGAGUCCGGCCGGCGCGCAGGGGCGCGAAAUUCGCAGGGGGCUGUCCUCGUCGUCGCUGCAGCGCCAUCUCUCGGCGUCGCUUGCGUUCGUCUCGCCGCAGAGACGAGGGUCCGCUGCGUCUCCAGAGGCUGCGCCCUCGUCCGCGAAGCAAGGCGUGGCGACCUCUGCGCAGCGCGAAGGCCGAGGGGAGGCCGAAGGCAAAGCAGGGCGCCGAGAACGCGCCGCCUCAGACGUCGCACACGAGGUCCGCACAAUCGUUCGUGGCGACGCAGAGAAGGCUGACGCGCGCAGGGCUCUGCUCGGCCGCUCAGGGGGCCCAGGUCUGGUUUCGCCGAAGAGACCACAGAAGGAGGAGACGACGCGCGUCCCGCGGACUGCGUCGGCGUUCUCCGUCGGCAGCCGCACAACCAGAGCCGGCCACGCAGUGGCGAGUGCAGCCUUCCGGGCGGCCUCGCGUGUGGUGUCCCGCCCGCUCGCGCGUGUGUUGUCGCCGCGCCGGAAAAGGGGGGCGGAGGCGGCGGACGACGAGGGAGGGAGAGAGAAGAAGCCUCAUUGGGCAGGGGUGGAGACAGGCCCAGGGAAACACUCGCCUCAAAAGGACUCCGCCGGCGCAGGGGUCGCGACGCCUCGGAGCUUCCUCGCUGCGUCGCGCCGCGGGUCUGCGCGCUUCGCGUCUUCGCUCUUGUCUGCGUCGGCAGCGGCUUCUCUGCUGGCGAAGGCGGGAACUCCCGAAGCAGCUCGCUUCGGCGGCCUUCGCCUCGAGCCGCGGCGGACUGGGCGAAAGCGCGAGUGCGGCCGGCGCCACGAGGAGGUCGCGAGCGACAAGGCAGCUCAACUGGCGAAGGAGGGAGCGACUGGAAGUCUACGCGUCUCAGAAGCAUCCCCGCGGUCACUGGCAGCGCGGGGCUCGGCAGCCACGUUCCAGGAACUCGAAGACGGCGGCAGAGACGCAGGCCCGCGAGACGAGGCCGCGGCGCCCGCGAACUCACACGCAGAGUACCUCGGCCGUAGAGAAGCUGAGGAGCGCCUGAAGGCGUUUGCGGCGUUCGAGGGGGAGUUCUGUACUCACGAGGAAGAAGAAAACGGCACCGAGGAGAGGAGCGCGAGAGAGGGCAGCGCGCGAGAGAGACGCGCGAAGGGCGACCGCGAGAAAAUCGCCGCAGCGGCGGAGGACGACGCGCCGAGCGCAAAGGAAGAAGAGCGUUUCGAGCAAGGUAGGUUGAGUGGAGUUCACGGACGCAACCCUGAAGAGGAGGAAGGCGAGGAGCUCGCAGAGGAAGAAGCGGAAGGAGAUCCGAGUGCAGCCGAAGACGGGGCAGAAGACCUGAGGGCGACGGAGGAGGAAGCGAAUGCGAACGAUCGGCGGGAAGAACUGGAGCGGGGAGACGCCACCGAGCCAGAGGAGACGGAGAACACAGAAGAGGACGAGCUGGCAAGCAUAGCGGGGAAGCACGACGAAGAGGAAACUGAGGCAGAAUUCCCAGAAGACCGGAGAGGCAGUCACAGCGACCGCAGCCAAGAAAACGGAAACGAGGCAGAGUCGCGCGGCUCUGCAGCACAAGCCGACUGUGGAGAGGACUUCAUUCGCAGCGAAGAAGAAGGAAGAGCGGAGGCGCGGCGAGGAGAUCUAGGCGUUGUGUCUGGAGAGGCCGUGGCCGCUGAAGACGAAGCGCAGAAAAGAAGCGGAAGCGACGGCGUGGCGCUGGGAGUUGCAGGCUUUCACGAGAGUGCAGCCGACGGAGUCCGCCUCGCGGAGACGAUCGAGGUGCAAGGGCUCGAGGCCCGCCGUUUUCAAGGAGACGCUUCAGAGGAAGGAGAAAGCUGCAGGCGCAGCUGCGAUCCGGGCUGCGCAGCGGGCGACAGCCAGCAAGAAGGCAGCGACCCGCCACGGGAAUCCCUCGCGCGUGAGCAGCCUCUGUUGUGCCUUGACUUCUCUGCCACCGCGAACGCCACCAUGUCGUUCGCGUCUUCGCCGCCUCGCUCCGCUUCGCCUCCCCCGACGUCGCGCGCCUCUUCGUCGCGCGCGCCCUCUUCGGUUCGAGCUUCGCCGCCUUUCUCAUCAGCGCGCUCGUCGCCGGCGCGGCGCGGCUCGCCUCUGCGCCGAGAGGACGACGCGGAGGAGUCGGUGUUUGUCAGGUGGCGAAAGAACUUCGCCGACGCACACGAAGAACUGCGCGUCUACCAGCGCACACUUGAGAGUCUGUCGCCGCCGGUAGAAGGCGCCGACAGCGCCCCUCAGCGCCGGAGCCCGUGCUCGCCGCACUCACCCGCCACGCACUCGGCGGCACGCCCGACCAGCGGCCGCCAGCCUGCAGCUGUCGCUCCAAACUCGGCGGACGAGGAACCGUUCGAAGGGCGCCGCGGCGCGAGCGGCGCCCAUCGGCCUUCGCUCUCGCUCUCGGAUCUGAGCGCAGAGAUCGUGGACGAGGCACUCGAGGCAGCCGGCGCAGCCGAUGCCGCCGAAGCGGAGCCUUCCAGCGGUCGACCUGUAGAGAGCUUCUCGCCGCUCUUUGCAGGCGACACGUCGAUGCCGCGCUCGCCGACUGACGCGCCUCCAUCGCCCGCGCCUGCGACGCUCUCCGCGUCGCUCGAGCCGGCUCCUCCGCCCUCGCUGGCCGCCUCAUCUUUGCCCUGCUCGUCCCCCUCCGCUUCUUCCGCCGCCCUGCCGUCGCCUCUCGCGGCCUCUGGUUCUCGCGCGGCCUGUUCAGCGUCCUCUUCCUCUCUUUCGGCCUCUUUGGCUUCUUCUUCCUCUGUGCUGGCCUCUUCAGCUUCCGCUGCGUCGUCUGCUUCGUCCUCCGCCGCGGCGUCGGGCGCCCCUCGCCCCGUCGGCGUUCUCUGGGGUCCGCCCGCGGUCGGCGGCGCCUUGGGCGACUGCAAGGCUGGCGAGGAGCCUCAGGCGCCGGCGUCGCUCGGCUGCGCCGCGGGGCCAACCGCUCCGCAGGAGCCUCUGGCUCAGAUGCCGGCCGCUGGUGCGGCCUCUGCUCCGCUGCCGCUGGCGGCUGCGCACGCGCCGACUUCCUUUGCCUCUCCCCUCGCGUCGCCUGCCUCGUCCAGCUCGACCUCGCCAGUCUUCGCGGGUCGCAAGCCGCGCGAGCCUGCGCCGUCGCUCCUCUCGAACUUCUUCGUUGCGCGCGACAGACUUGAGGUCGCCUACUCGGCGCCGCCUGAACAGCUCACGCUGCCGGUCGCCCCUCCGCCACUCCCCCUCGCCGCGCCUCACGCGAGCGCCUCGCUCCCUCGUGCUUCCUCUGUGUCUGCGUUCGCCGGCAUCGCGGCGGACGCCCCAGGUGGCGCAGAGGGAGCGCCCCCAGCAGCUGGACGUGAGGGCAGCACUCGCGAGCGAGGAGCCGCAGACAGUGUGCCUGGAGAAGAGGCCGCCGGCGAUCACGACGAGGCGCUCAGGGGCGAGGAGACCGACGAAGAGGAGGCGGCUGAGGGCGGGGAGAACGGGGGUGCCAGGGUGUAUCAAGACUUUGCGAGCGGGCGACGAGAGGAUCCGGCUGGAGUUUCGUUGAAAGAAAAAGCGCUGGUGGCGGACGCACAAGCCCUGCCGCGACCUGCUCCUUUUUCAUCGCCGGCGUUUGGCUGCCUUCCAGCGCAUCCCCCAAGCGCAAUCGAGCGCCAGCUGGAGCUCGUGCUGAAGGACGAGGAAGCGGCUCUGCGAGCCUACAUGCCCCUCCUUCCUGCUUCCGCCUCGCCGUCGGCUUCUUCUGCCGCCUCUUCGGCCGCGUCGCCCAGCGCCGCAGCGGCGGCUGCCGGCGCGCUUCCUCUCUUGUUUGCGCAGGGGCUCGAGGGCGAGGAGGCUGCGGCGGCGGCCGCAGGCGAAGGCAGCACGCGGUGCUCGCGGCUCAGCGAAGACGACGAGGCAUUUGAGGCGGCGCUGCGCGAGACGCGUCAGCUCUCGGCGCUGCAGCUGCGCGUGCGCGUGUGGCGGGGCAAGUACCAGAGCCUGAAGCGGCUUGACAGCGAGAAAGACCGCGUCAUCCGCGAGCAGCUCGCGCAGCUGCAGCAGAAGGACGGCAUCUGCCUCGAGCUCCUCGAGGCGGGGGAGGCGAAGCUCGCGCGCGCCAGGCUGGAGCAUGCGAAGCAAGUCGAGGAGCUCGCCGGGCAGAUCCGCGCUCUCGAGCGGCGACUCGAGAGCGAGACGCGCGCGCGGGAGGAAGAGCGAGCUGCGGCCGACGUCCAGCGCAAGGUGGAGGCGGAGGACUUCAGGCAGCGGAGCGAGCAGGCCCUGCUAGAGAAGGACGCCGAGCUCGCGCGUCUGCGCUUCACGGUCGCGGCGGGCGAGGGCGAGCUGCAGAGCGAGCGCGCGCGGGCGGAGGAGGCGCGGGCGCGUCUCACGCAGGCCGCGAGCGAAGCGAGACAGGCGCGCGAGGCGCUGGCGCUGCGCGUGGCAACACUCGAGGAGGAGCUCGUGGCGGCGCGCGCGGAACUCGGCCGGCUCUGCGACGCGCGAGACGCCGAGCAGAGAGAGGCCGCGACGCUGCGCGAGCGCGAGGCGGAGCUGGCGGAGGAGCUGAGGACGCUGCAGGAGACUGAGGAGGCGCGCGCGCAGAGGGAAGGCGCGCUACUGGAUCAAGUCCACAGACAAGAGAAGCAGCUGGAAAAGCAACAGCAAGUCCUCAAGGAUCAAGAGACACUCCUCUUUGAGCAGCAGGCCGAGCUCGUCGAGCUGCAGCGGAGACUCGACGAGUCGCUCGCGCAGCGCGGGGGGGAGGCGGCGGCAGACGCGGGACCCCGCCCAGAACGUGAGUCUCCCUCGAGCGCAGCGAUCCCCGGCGAAGACGAGGGCGCGCAGCAGCAGAAGGGAGUUUGCCUCGGGGAGGGCGAAUCUGAGCAGCUCAUUGCAAAAAAAAAUCGCAAACAGGAGAGCGACGGGCGCGUGGACAAGCCAGCCAGCGCAGUGGAGGUGGAGGAGGAGGCUGCAGAGAGAGCUGCCAUCAGACAGCAACUCGAGCAGGCGCACGCAGACCUGCUGUACGCAGAGCGCGUGGUUGCCGCGUUCGAGCGGCGCCAGCGCGAACUUGAGGAGGAACUUGCGCAGUGCCGAGAGGAGCUCCGCGCGCAUGCGGAGUUGCGCAGGGGCGAAGACGAGUCCGAGCGGGCGGCAACUGUCUCCAGGCUCGUUGAGACCGAUCGCAGAGAGCCGACCGACGCGCCGGAGGAGGGCAGGGAGUUGAGCUUGUCGCUUCGCAUUGAAGAAGAGUACGAAGCGGAAAACAAACGCCUCCGCGAGGAAGCCAAGCGCCACAGGGAGGAGAUGAAGAAGGCGCGAGAGACGGAAAGCGAACUGACCAUGCAAGUUCAGGUGCUAAAGGGCCAGAAGGGAGACCUCGAGGAAGCGACGCACGCCGCCGAGCGGCGGGCUGCGCACCUGCUCACGCUCCACCAGACGCUGCAGAAGGAAUUCGCGACCCUGAAGGAGGAACUGGAGCUCUACCGCCGCGCGCGAAGCUCCCCGGGCGCCGAGCGGCACGCGCGCGCGAGCGCCGCGUCGAGCCCGACAGAGAAGGAAAAUGCCGCGGAGCUGCGGCGAGGGCGAAACGCGCUGGUUCGCGGCCUCGAAGCCUCUCUGCGUCAAACGAAGGACGAAGGCGCGGAGGAGAGGGAGGCCCUCGCGGAGGCGCGGGAGCAGCUUCGGCGCUCGCAAGAGGAGUGCAGAGCUCUUGCUGCGAAAGCGGAGACGCUGGCGGGGGCGAAUCGCGCCCUGCGCACACAGGUGGCAACGCUUUCGUGCGGGGCGUCGGCUGCGGGCUGUUCCGCUUCUCACGUGUUUGCCUCGUUCGCGUCGCCCGCACAGAGCGAAGAGCAAACGCAGCAAGAGGCAGAACUCCGUCGCAUCGAGGAGGAAAAUCGCGUCCUCAGAGACGAGCUGCACAGGACGCAGAGCGAGGCGGCGAAGGCCCUCGCGGCGCUGGAGCGCGAAGUCUACGACGCGGCGCUCGCGAACCUCUCCCUGCGCGACGCCGGUGCGAAGGCGCUCGUCCCGCGAGGCGCGGCUUCAGCGUCUCGAGAACAAGCGCUGGCUGAGGGCGAGCCGAGGCGGCGGCGACCGCGGCCGCGGCGUGCCUCGCUGCCGCCGCUCCGAAGCGCCUCCGCGCUGUCCCCCGACGCCUGCGGCUGGGGGGCAGAGGGCGAGGCUGCCGCGAGCCAAUUCGCCUUCGCCCUCGACUGCGAGGAGGACGGCAGUCGCCGCGCCGACGUCCGCGAGAACCUCGAACUAGUCCAGCUCAAAGAGGCGCUCGGAUCUGCUGCGGCAAAGGAACGCAUUCAGCACGCGCGCAUUCGCAGCCUGGAGCAGCAGCUCAAGUCGCAACGCGACUAUUACCAUCGGCGCCUGGCGGCCGCCGCCUUCGGCCCCAGGGCCUCUGCGGGGGUCCGCGACGCCAGCGCCAAGUCCCGCCGACCUCCAAAGGCCUCUGCCUCCGCUGCGCCUCCUUCUUCUGCUUCACGUGCUUCGUCUUCCGCGCGUGAGCGAAGGGCGCCGCGGCAGGUGCGCGCGCUCGAGAGCGAGGAGGUGACACCCGGUCGCGGCUGCGAGAGGCGUCUGCAGAGCGCCGAGUCUGCGCGGGGCCGCCCGCAGGGCGCGGGCGAAGAAGGCGGGUUUUCCGGGAGCCCCCCGCCGCUGCGAGAAGCCGAGUGCGCGUGCUCAGAAGAUCGCGAGCUCGUUGGGACGCUGCAGGCGCGGCAGCAUCUCUUCCCGCUGCUAUACCGAGACAACCCGGCUGUGGCGACGCUCUUCGCCUUCUGGCUGCUCGCGCAGCGACUCUACUUUCGUCGGAUUGCGGCGUCGGCCUCUGCGGGAUCUCUGGGCCCCGCAGCAGCGGACGCGGCGCGCGACGGCGAGCCCCUCGCCCCGCGCCUGCCGGAGGUGCCGCUCGAGCGCCGGCUCGAGCUGCUGCUGGCCUUUCUCUUUCCUCCCCCAGACCCCGCCGCUGCGGCUGCAGUGUCCCCCGGCGGCGAGAGCAGAAUUGGCUUCGAGGACUUUCGACGCGCGAUCGCGGCCGUCGGCUGCGCGGCCUCGGAGCGCGACGCCGUCGGUGCGUGGGCGGUCGUUGCGAACCCGCCCGAGCCGCGCGCGGCGGCUGCGCAGGAGGGACGAAUUCCGAAUGCCGGCGAGAGGCUGGCGAGUUCGCUGGAGCCCGAUGCCGACGUCACCGCGUGGACGGUCUCCAGAGUCCGCAUGCUGCAGAGAGCCAAGCAAACGGAUCCGACUUUCCUCUUCCUCGCGUACUGUGCGCUGACGCAGCGGCUGAAGCUGCAGAAGAAGGAGAUUGCGGUUCUGUCGUCUAGCAACAAGGCGCUGUUGAACGCGGCGCAGGAGCAGCAGGACAUCCUGCGGCAGCAGCGGGAACUCGACGCCGAGAAGCGCAGAGAAGAGCGCGAGAUGUAUGAGCGAAAGCUUAACCUGUAUCUCGCCGAAGCGCUUAAACAGCAGCACAAGGAGCACCAGCGCGAGCUGGCGCUGCUGCGGCACCAGCAGGCGCCGACGCCCCCCCCUCCGCUGCCUUCUCCCUACUCGGCUUGGCAGUCCGCGGUCGAGGGCGUGGAGCCGCGCGAGACGGGGAGACUGCGAGAGGUGCGCGAACGACGAGCGGAAGCGAAGGCGCAGAUGGAAAACCUGAAAAGCUCCUUCCAAGACGCUUUCGCGCCGCCGUCGCCGCACCCUUCGCCGACUCUUCCGCAGCCCGUUUCAACUUCUUCGGCCUACGCUGGCCUCCUGCGCGAGACGAACGAGGCGCUCUGCCACCAGCUGCACCUGCUGAAGGAGAACGUUGAGCUUCGGGAGACACUGCUCCGCCCCGGCUCGGAAUUUAAGCCGAACGAACAUGACCGGCGCAGGGGCGACGUGCCCGAGGCAGAUCGAGAGGGGAGAGGAGGGGGAGGAGAAAUUGCGGACGCCUACACCAGAGAGAAAACGCAAAGGCACCCUCAGGCUGUGUUGGCGAUGCUCGACGCGCAGCUAGACGUGCUGAGCCGCGACGUGGAGGGGACGGUGCAGGCGCGCACGGGAUGCACACCCAAGAACCAAAAAUAG